UGGGAAGAAAUGAACCGAACUCAUCGGUGACAUCUCUAGGAUUUAGCAAAUCUACACUGGAUCGUGAUAAGAACAACCGGACUAAACCCUUUAAAGAGAAAUCAUUAAAAUUUAACGUAUUUUCUGCAGCCAGAUUGACACCGUGUUUGUGUCAAGAGGAGAGUAAUUAUGUUUCUUUUAUUUGAAGACGAAUAAAACAGUUGGAUCAUUUUAACGCUUCCGUAGAACGCGUCCUGUGUGUGUAGUCGCCGGAUCACUGACCCGGCUGUCUUACUUAUUUUAUAUGAUUCCGUAGCCUUGUUUUUAUUUUGGGGGCCAGUUUAUGUUGAUGAAAAUCGAGCAUGUCAGGAAAACAUUACAAGGGUCAUGAAGUCAGUUGUUGCAUCAAGUAUUUUAUAUUUGGAUUCAAUAUAAUAUUUUGGUUGCUAGGAGUGGCCUUUUUGGGGAUCGGAUUAUGGGCAUGGAGCGAGAAGGGUGUGCUGUCCAACAUCUCGUCCAUUACGGACCUGGGGGGCUUUGACCCCGUCUGGCUCUUCCUGGUGGUGGGCGGGGUGAUGUUCAUCCUGGGCUUCGCUGGCUGCAUCGGAGCUCUGAGGGAGAACACCUUCCUGCUCAAAUUUUUCUCUGUGUUUUUGGGCAUCAUCUUCUUCUUGGAGCUGACUGCUGGGGUCCUGGCCUUCGUGUUCAAGGACUGGAUUAAAGACCAGCUCAACUUCUUCAUCAACAACAACAUCAGGGCGUACCGGGACGACAUCGACCUGCAGAACCUCAUCGACUUCACCCAGGAAUACUGGGAGUGCUGUGGAGCCUUCGGGGCAGAUGACUGGAACCUGAACAUCUAUUUCAACUGCACAGACGGCAACCCCAGCAGAGAGAAGUGCGGAGUGCCCUUCUCCUGCUGCACCAAGGACCCUGCGGAGGAUGUCAUCAACACACAGUGUGGAUAUGAUGUGCGGGCAAAAGCAGAUUCAGAACAGAAGACAUAUAUUUAUGUGAAAGGAUGCGUGCCGCAGUUUGAGAAGUGGCUUCAAGACAACCUGACUGUGGUGGCAGGGAUAUUUAUAGGAAUUGCACUGUUACAGAUUUUCGGGAUAUGCUUGGCACAAAACCUUGUGAGUGACAUUGAAGCAGUGAGGGCGAGCUGGGUGCCCCCCUCAAUCUCCGCUCGCCGGCCACCCCCGCCUCACUCCGGCAAGAAAUCCAGCGCAUACUCAUGAGGAUGUGUGUGUGUUUACCUGCCUGUUCACCUGAUGCUGCUGCCAACUCUCACCUAUGAGGACACAGGUCUCCUAAAGCAUGCCAACACCAGCAAAGGAUGGAGGAGGGAAGGCCAAGUUCACUGCAUCUGAAAACUGUACAAAGAUUAUCUGUACCAUACCAUGAUCUGUACAUAUUAAUAAUUUUGUAGGAGUUCCAUGAGUCUUUUUUUCCAAUAUUUGUGGUGGUGUCAAACACCUUGUGUAAGAAAUGUAAAAAAACUAAAAUAAAAAAAAGGAACGGGUUAUUGUGUAAAUACACUGCAUGCCUAACAGAAGGGCAUUGGUUCUUGUGUAUUCCAUGAUGUGAAAGUUAUUUUGUUCACUCCAAUGACCAGUGUUAAGGUAGCUGUCAUAUUCCACUUUUCAGCACACAGGGGUUAGAAUAUUACAAGGAUUCAUUGAAAUAGACCACGGCCAAAACAACAAGUAUUUUCAGCUGAAGUAUUUGAGCCUCUGCCAAGCAUACGUGGGAGGGUGGCAAUUUGUCUUCAUUUCGUAUUGUUCAGUAAUGGUACCCUUGUACACAUUUUGUAUUCUUGCACAAGACAAGUGAAGUAUCUUUGUCUUUGUAGUACAUACGAGUUGAUUCCCAAUUAACUCAUUUUGGUAUGACAUAAAUAGGCCAUAGAGAUGAGGCUAACUUAAAGGUUCUAAAUAAUGCUUUGGUCUUGUGGUGUCUAGAGAAAUGUUGUUUCUUUAUAGUUGAUAGAAUGUUCAGGCUGCAUCCCCUACCAUUUGAAUGGUGCUUAAGGUCUGCAAGCGGCCUAUCUGAGCCAACAUAUCCAGGAUUUCUCAUCUCUGCUCCUCAUGGCACCAGGAACAAGGGCCACUGCUGCAGUACAUCUGCACCGGUGUGAAAGAGAAGCCCUUCACACCCCAGGCAAAAAGGGCGUUUCCCUCACAUCGACACCCCCCAAACUGCGCUUUUAGUCCAUAGUGAGAGAGGAUCAAUCAGCCAUCCCGCCGGACUAGCUUUGGCUCUGUACACACACGCGCAGAGCGUCCACCAUUUUACUUUCACUGUCUGAGCUGAUUCCCCUGUGAACUAAAUCCAGCCUUAUUCCUGUACCCAAUGACAUUGUCUAGGAUGGUAAUAAAUAAAUAAAAAAUAACCAAAAUUUGAAAA